CGCGCGCGUUCCCAUCCGGCGCGAGUGGGGAGCUGUCCAGCAAGCGAUUUGAAGUAAUCUUCUUGCCCGGCUAGUGCGGUCUCUUAUCUGUCCAGGAAUGAGAAGUGAUGGCCGGCUCAGCAACUGAGGAGAAAACCUUCCGAAGGUUCUUGGAGCUCUUCCUCCGAGAGAUGAGACCACCACUCCAGGAGAACGACCCUGUCCCAAUGCGCCCUUUGUCGGACCUCACCUCGGAGGACGAAGUUGAAGGGGAAUGCCUCGAUAUGUGUCUUCAGCACCUGUGCAAAUAUAACUGCCCCUUCUCCCUGGCGGCUGCCCUGGCGCGGGCUACAGCAGACAGUGUUCUGCAGAGUGACCUCUCCAUCUACCAUAUCCAGAAGACCGUUGAGGAUGGAGUAGAACCUUUCCCCCAGAUUGAGUCGGUGGCCUUUGCCCGGCUCAUCUUCAACAAGCUGUGUGAAACAUGCUGCCUGUGGCUGAAAGACUUCCCUUACCGCCGCCGGCCUCAGCCCUACUACGAGACCUCCAUCCACGCCAUCAAAAAUAUGAGGCGCAAGAUGGAGGACAAACAUAUCGUCAUCCCCGACUUCAACACUCUCUUCAACAUACAGGACCAGGAGGAGCAGGCCUUCUUCGCUGUGUUCGAUGGCCACGGGGGCGUGGACGCCGCCAUCUACGCCGCCAACCACCUUCAUGUCAACAUGGUGCACCAGGAGUGCUUUAGCCAAGAUCCGGGGGAGGCCCUGUGUCGCGCCUUCAGAGUCACCGACGAACGCUUCAUCCGUAAAGCUAAGAUGGAGAACCUGCGCUGUGGCACCACAGGGGUGGUGACCUUCCUGAGGGGGCGGACCCUGUAUGUGGCCUGGCUGGGGGACUCUCAGGUCAUGCUGGUCAAGAAGGGCCAGGCUGUGGAACUGAUGAAGCCUCACAAGCCUGACAGAGAGGAUGAGAAGCUGCGUAUUGAGGCUCUGGGAGGCUGUGUCAUCUGGUUCGGCACGUGGAGGGUUAAUGGCAGCCUGUCCGUAUCCAGAGCCAUAGGCGACAAUGAGCACAAGCCCUACAUCUCUGGCGAUGCCGACCAACACAUCGUCCCAUUGGACGGCACGGAGGACUACCUGAUCCUGGCCUGCGACGGCUUCUAUGACACAGUCAGCCCCGACGAGGCAGUGCGUGUGGUCAGCGACCACCUGACAGAGAACAGCGGCGACAGCACCAUGGUGGCCCACAAGCUGGUGGCCUCGGCCCGUGACGCCGGCUCCAGCGACAACAUCUCAGUCAUUGUGGUCUUCCUCAGAGACCUCCGCGCGCCCCCGCCGGGAGAGGAGGACAAAGAGGGGGAGGAGGGAAAGGACAAAGAAGUGGCGGAGGUGGAGGAGGAAGGUCAAGGAGAGAUGGGCUGCCAGGACGGGGGCACCACAGAUGUUGGGGGGAAGGGUCACUGUUUCCUGCAGCAGUGCUCAGCUCCAGCUGACCUGGGCUAUGAAGACCGCACGGACUCGUUGACAGACAGAACCAGCCUAGGCCUGCUGGGGCCCAUGCUGGGAGAGGAUGGUCGGAUCAGGCUCCCCCCUGCCUGCUCACACCCUCCCGCCUCCUUAGCCCUCACCCAGAACCUCAUGCCUGCCGAGGGCCAUGGGGCGGCCUGGUUGCCCUACCUAGAAGAGGGGCUCCAGGGCUCCAGGCACAAGCCCCAGCCUAAACCCUGUGUCCCCGCCUGCCAGGAGCCCAGCUCAGACGGACAAUGGCCCCUGGCGGCCGCCCUGUUUGGGCACGCGGGCAGGCGCACCCGGAGGAUGGAGUGCGUGAGCCCCAGGUGGGGGAGGGUGUCCUGGCGUUGGGGCCGAGCCCCCAGGGAGCUCCCCGGCCUGCUGCACUCCACCCGUAGUGUGCCCUACCCCCAGCGCUGCCCCGAGAGGAGGCCCGGGGUAGCCCUGCCCCACCUGCCCCACGACAGCAGAGUCUGAUGAUGUGACCUAAUCUCCACUAGCUCCUCGCUCUCCUGACCCUUCCUCUAUCUGACUACAGUCAUUAAUUCAUUCAUCCAGCCAUCAUAAAUUCCUCAUCCAGGAUACUGGCACCACACCCUUACCGCCCCCGCCCACACCCCCUCUCCAUCUGCACCUACCCCUCCCUAUACCCUCACAGCCCCAUUCAGGAGGCAAUCUACCUACCCCACCCCAUAGCCACACAGCCCCAUUCAGGAGGCAAUAACAUUUCCUGCUCCUGGCCCGUAUUGCAAACACACACUGUACUGUACUUUCCGAUUCAUAAUGGAAAACACAUUAUCCGCCCACUCCAUCUACAUAGAUGGGAGUACUUAAUACAGGAUUAUAAGAUUAGUGGUCACUUACCUGAAUAAAUCCAACAUAUAUGGACUGAUAUGUGUUCCAAAUGGGGGUACAAUAGAGGAUAAUGGCAUCUAGGAGGGAUAUUAUUAAGAAAUGAUAUUCUAUUUAUAAUUUUGGGGAUGACAUCAUCUAAGAGCAGACAUUAGUCAGUCCUUGCCAUGCCUGUCAAAUUGAGUUAACGUUUACAUACAACUAAACACGAGAUGUGUUCUCAUUGACAAGAAGUCCUUCCCAACAGGCUGGGUGUGAAUAAGUGCCCUAGCAGGCGUUGUCAGACUUACUGGGCCAAGAUAGUUCAGACAACUCAGCAGAACAUGUUAUGGGAAUUUCAAGCCUCAGUCAACAGAGACCCUUCUAGGCUUCCCAUUACAAUAUGGACCCAUGUGUUUCAUAUCGCUUACAGGGGCUACUUAACCAACAACUAUGCUGCUUUGUAAUUUCACUAACAACAAUAGAGCAUAAGAAUGAUGAAUGUCAAAUACUUCAUCUCUUGUUUGACAAAUAUAAUAAAUUAAUCUUAAUCUCACCAUCCUUUCAAAUGUGAAUGUUUUUUCUAUUGAAACUCCAUAGAAGAUGCUAUAUAGCAAUGACUAGAUUCUGUAAAAUGUGCCUCCGUUCUUCUGGCCCAGACAACCAUUGUUUAAUAUAUAUGAACGACAGUUCAGUUGGAAAAACUCACCAUCUUUUCACCUUUAAGAAAACAGGAAUUGUUUGUGCCAUUCCUGACAUUUUUAACUCUUACUAACACAUUGUGCCAUUUCCAUAAAUACAAAAAUGUAAACACACCCCCUCCUGCCCUCCCCAAUCCCACUGAGUUCCCAGGAGCAGGAGACAAGGACACAUGGUAUGAGUGGCCAAAUCCCCUCACUAGCCCACAGUCACACAGAGAAAUACCCCCAGCCAGUCAGUCAGUUCCCAGUCACUGUCAUUGCUUACUGCUACCCUGAAACAUCUAGCAGUUGGUCGCCUGGUGGCCUCCCCACUGAAGAACAUGGUGGUCAUUUACAGAAGGCCAUUUGGACAGUCAUCAUGAAGCAGCCCCAGAGAGUAGAUGUAUUCCAGUUGUAGAAUGUACAUGGAGCCCUCCCGGGACCUUCAUAGACGGGCCAGUAGGACUGAGACAGUAGUGGGGUUUUGGACUGUGGAUGUAAGACAACCAUUUCUGGAUGCAGUACACCUGGAGGACACACUAUUCUGGAGGUGUUUGUUGAUCGUGGGAUAGGAAAUAAUGUACAUGUAUACUUUAGCAGCUAUCCACCGUAUCCUCGCGAAUCUGAGCAUUCUAUCCUGGUGUUCCACUCUGAGAGAGCAGGAUGUGGAUCAGCACACCGACUCUUGGGCAAAAAUAUGUCCAUGCUUCUGUAUCUUUCCCUUUGCGUAAGCAACACCUGCAUUUUGACUCUUGGAACAGCGGACCACACCAAUUGCUAUUUUCUGACCAAUUAUGAAAGACAACCAUAAAGUCGAAUAUAUAAGGGUAGUUAUCAAAUGCCCAGAGUCCCCCCAACGUCAUCCCCAGCCCCACCCCCACCCACAUCACCUGCUUUUUUAAAGCUUUCUGCUUCUUUUUGAGAGCAAAAAAAGCGCACAUCUUUCCAAUCCUAAAUGUUCCUCGCACGGGGCACCAAUUGCUUAUUGGAAUUUAUCGUAAAUUCACAUAUGAAUGUGUGCAGGCGUACGUGUGUGGGUGUGUGUAUACGUGUUGAGGGUAUUCAUGUGGUCUGUCUUAUAAGUCUACUAUUUAAAAUCACCACUGUAAGGUCAGCAGGAUGGCGGCACAAUAUUCUGUGUUGAUAUCAAGCCUCACAGCCCCCAGGACUGUAAUGUACUUUUCAUGUGACACCUUUGGAAGUAGAGGUGUACUUUAGCAGUGCUUGAGUGACAAGGGAACAUGGGAAUUCAAAUGGUGGGCCACAUUUCAAAAGCUCAACAAGGACCAUCCACUGAAAUGUCAAAAUGGUCCCCCACCUCGCAGUCCUCUAUAGCUGCAGUUGUUUAUAAGACGCUGAACUUUCAAGCCAUAAACAGAAAAGUGUAUGCUAUAAUUCCCCAGCUAAACUUGCUUGCUCACAUAUCCCAUAGUUCCUCUCUCUCUCACCCACUUCUGCGGUAUGACCCUUCCUUUUUACCCCAUCAUGCCUAUAUGACCCUUCCCUUUUAACCCCCAUGCCAUUAUGACCCUUCCCCAGCCGAUAGAAACAGACCAGGUAGUUCAGGUCUGUUCCCCUCUCUCCCCUUCUUUUUCCUAUGCCACUCCAUUGCUUUCCAUGACUCUGCACUGUGUGUCCAUGUACACAAAAUGCUUUGUUCCUGUAAGCAAUAAUGAAUCUUUAUGAGUCGCGCGUGGAAAGGCUUUUGUUCAGAGGGUUUGUCUUCACAGAGCAAGGCAGAGUGAGCUAGAGCCAGAUCAAACUAACAACAGCCACCCUCCUAAACUCUUACCAGUGCUCACAUUCACAUUGAUGGGCACACACAACUUUACUUCUGCUCGAUGGUAGUAUGGGACACAAUCUAUGAUGUACCCCUUGGACAGUUGUCAGUGUAUAUAAAACACUACCACGUUUGACGGCCAUAUUGAAUUAGUCUCAAAGAGAAAAACUACAAAGUGUCUCUAUGCUUGGCCAGCCUCCUGUGACAGGGUGGUUCAAACUCUGUCCUCCAGACUUCCCUGAAGACAAACCCAUGACCAGCUCUUCCCCAACAUGCAGGUCAGGUAAACCAGUAAAAAGUUUCAGUAUCUCUAUCUUCUGUGUUGUUCUCGUAGUAUACAAAUGUGUAUCUUAACGGUGACUAUUAUCAUGUAUAAAGAUUAGACCAAGUA